AUGCCCUUACAGUGCAGGAUGCACAUCUGGUCCUUUCUUCCAAAUGAUUUUAUCCAGCUCUCCAUACGCGACUUCCCUCCUCUCAAGUCCGAGGUUUUUGACGCUUUCGAUAUGGAGAUGAUAAAUCUAGAUCAUGCAGGUGAAGACUUCGAGGAAAUGUGGAAUGUUCUGAGUUUUGACAACAAGUUGGCUUGUGUUGAAGGUUGGUUUGGUGCGAUGGUUCACUUUCUUCGGUGUAUGGACACUAUACUGAAAAGAGCGACAGGUUCGGUCGAAGUACUUGUCUCACCAGAUUUCUAUUUUGUCAUUUCACAAACAGUUGAAGCGAUUCAACUUGCAAGAGAUGAACCGCCCUUUCGGCAAUUCAUGUUGAAGCCCGUCUUUGCUUCCAUCCUGGCAAUCCACGAUCUGUGGUCAAGGAGUCCUGACCUGACUGCUAUCGUUGAUGACCUUUGGAUCCGCCAUUGGAAAGACCACUCACCUCCUUCUUCUUUCGCUGUCUUCCAAGAGUUGGAUUCCAUUCAGGACCCGGUCGUGGCCUCCAAGAACACUUGCUGGUACAAAAAUGGUUUCCCGCCCCCACCUUCUCGCUUGCCUUCACCUCCCAUGCCCUUUGUUCUGUCUUCUUCCCCUGUCGCUCCCACUGCCUCCAGUACUUCUCCUACUUGA